GGUCUAUGGUUACAGUGUGUGCUGACAUGGUUACAUUUGGGGAAAUCGAAAGUUAGAGCGCUUUCAGUUUCGGAAAAAAAAACUUCGCAUAGGCCUACUGGUCUUACAGUUAAAACAUGGAAUGGACCUACUAUUUCCGUAUUCAAACCUAGCCAGUCAUAUCAAUGUUUCGCGAGGGAGGAGGAGACACGAGAGUAGGAACUUUCGUAGCAUUAAUUUAAAGUAAUCCAAAACGAAAUUAAAGAAUGGAUACACUGACAGCUGUUGUAAGGGGCAUUAUCAGAACGCAACGCUAAGACAAAUUCACCGGUUGUUAAAUUAUGGAGUCAAAGAAUUACAUUGCCCAACUGAAUGAGUAUGCACAGCGCACACGUUCAGAACUUAAGUAUGAAGACGUGGGUGCAGAGGGUCCGGAUCAUAUUAAAAGGUUCACCGUCAGGGCAAUUGUAGACAGUAAGAUCUAUCCCAAUGGGACUGGGAGAAACAAAAAGGAAGCAAAACAGAAUGCUGCAAAAAACGCAUUGGAUGGGCUGGACACUGAGUCGAACGAUCCAAACGUUUCACUUAGGGGCUCGCCCUCGCCACUUGUACAAGCGAUUAAUGCUGCCAACUUCACAUGCUGGCUCAAUGAAUAUGGACAGAAAAACAGGAUCUCUGUUAGGUACUCUGAAUCCGCAAGGGUGGCGGAAAACAAUCACAUGCAAUGUUGUUGUUGCGUGGUGGUUGGUGAUAAAGUGUACCCAACGGCGUUCGGGAACACGAAGAAGGAAGCGAAGGAGGAGGCAGCCAAGCUUGUCUAUGACAUGAUAAACAAUAAUCAAACCACAGGGAUUGUAGAAGAAAACAGCAAGGCUGACGGUUCACCACAAAACAAGGACUGGAGCCAAGAAACACGUUCCACAGGUUCUGUGGUUCAAAACCUGAGCAUGGACUCUCCAACAGAACAACCCAACUGUACAGAGACCAACUUCAUAGGAAUCCUGAACCACUACUGUCAGAAAACGAAGCUGGUUCACGAUUACAAAUUACUGGAAAGACGUGGUCCAUCGCAUGAUCCUCAAUUUGUUUACAAGGUAGUUAUGGGCAGUACGGAGUAUCCAGAAGGUGUGGGGAAGACAGCCAAGAACGCCAAGCAGCUGGCGGCUGAGCUGACCUGGCUGGCCCUCCAGGAGCAGCCGGACUGGAACAGCCAGGUGUCCUCGAACGUUUCCGAAGAUGAAGCUUCUCCCUCACAAAGUUCAAGGACGGGGGAGUCCUGUGACACCACACCCCAAAGCAAGGCGACCAGUGAUACACACUCAGUAGUGUUUGCAGAAUCAACAAACACCAGCCAGCAAAAAAAACAUCAAGAUGCAAAGCCUAAGAUAAAACUUGCACCCAAUUUCCAGUUUGCUAAUCCUCCAAAUAAUCAACCAGUCUCAAGGUUCUCAACUGACUUUGAUUCCAUUGAACGCAUGGGCAAAGGUGGCUUUGGUCAUGUGUACAAGGCCCGUCUAAAGAUUGAGAAAAGAUACUAUGCUGUGAAGAUUGUGCGGAGCAAAGAAAAAUCUAUCCGAGAAGUCUAUGCGUUGGCACAACUCGAGCACUGUAACAUAGUACGUUACUCCACUACCUGGCUGGAAGACACCGAGUAUAAAUGUGCCAACACCUCGGACAGUAGCAGCACUUCACAUUCUGGCAGCGAUGUGUCUGCGAAGUUCCUGUACAUCCAGAUGGAACUAUGUGGCAAGACCCUGAAAGCUUGGAUAGAUGAAAGAAAUGCAGAACGGGACAUUAAACGAAGGGAGACGAGCCAGGGCAUCAUCCAGCAGAUCCUUCAUGGAGUCGAGUACAUCCACUCUAAUAAACUCAUCCACAGAGACCUGAAGCCUUCUAACAUCAUGUUUGCCAGUAAUGGAAAGGUGAAGAUUGGGGAUUUUGGCCUGGCAACCGCAGAGAAUGACGACGAUGAUGAAAGCCUUAUUGAGAGAACCAAGCGCACUGGAACCAGGUCCUACAUGGCACCUGAACAGUUAAACACGAGGACCUACGAUAGGAAAGUGGAUAUCUUUGCUUUGGGUUUGAUCUUCUUCGAACUACUUUGGAAACUAUUCACUGGUGCGGAAAAAGUCAAAGUCUGGGGUGAUGUGAGGAGCACGAUAUUCCCCAAGGGCUUCUCUGUGUUGUACGCCCCUGAGCAAAAUCUGAUGGAGUCGAUGCUGCAGGAACACCCUGAGGACAGGCCCGAGGCCAAACAGCUGCUCACUGAACUUGGAUCUUAUGUUGUCCCGUCAAAGGAUCAAAACAGCCCUAAAGACAACCAAACUCUUUGAAACACAUGUUGUAGGAAGUCAGCAAAAUAAUUGUAUUUACAUUUCAGCAUCACUUUUUUAUCCUUCGCAUAGUGUAUGAAUUUGCUCUGGAUCUGUACAAUAUAUGUCAAUACCACAGCGAUAAUGAUGGAUCAAAUGUUCGAAAAAUGAAUGAAAUAUUCUGGAAAUCACUUUGAUGUUAGCUUGAACAAAUCUAUAGAUACCACCAAGUCAUCAGAGAAGAUAUUUACAUGUAAAGAGGUACAUGGUUUUAUUAAGUACACUUAAGUAAUGAAUGAUUGAGGUUAGACAUGAGAAAUAAUAAUGUGGAAUCUUACCUUAAUGUUUGUCAUUUACAUUUUAGUCAUUUAGCAGACGCUCUUAUCCAGAGCGACUUACAGUAAGUACAGGGACAUUCUCCCCGAGGCAAGUAGGGUGAAGUGCCUUGCCCAAGGACACAACGUCAUAUUUCACAGCAGGGAAUCGAACCAGCAACCUUCGGAUUACUAGCCCAAUUCCCUAACCGCUCAGCCACCUGACUCUUGUCAAGAUAGUUCAUGAACUAAUACACGUUUUGGAAUAUGUGGACAUAUGUAGGCUAUACAUGUGUGUUUGGGUUACAACUAAAACUAAAAUAUAUUGUUCGCUAUAUAGCGAACAAUAUAU